AUGCCAGGAACAGCGGCCGGCGCCACCCGCCGAUUGCGCGACAGUAGCGACUGUUCCAGUGCCGAGGCCACUGCGCAUAGCCUCAAGGCCGUCGACGACACGAUGCCUUACCCCCUGAACCCAUUCCUCGCUGCAUUCUUCAACAGCUCGUUACCGACCCAGUGCAACCCGACAAGCAAUCACAUCUUGUUGGUCCCGACAACUGAGGUGCUGCUGACAUGCCGCGACGUAGAGUCUGGCAACGCGGCCGUGGCGGAGCUCCCGAACCUGGAUGAGUUCCUUGCCAGCCAUGUCAUCCGCAUGCCCAACCCCCGGGUGGCAGCGGCAGCAGCCAAUGCAGCCGGCGGUAAGGAUGGCGGUGUUAAUCUACGGGAGAUGCGUGGCAAGGCCAAACCAUACGGCACCUUCAACGGUCGCAGCGUUGUUAUCAAGGACAACCUUGUUUACAGCAACAAAGGUUUCAAGAGUUUGAAUCACGCCACCUUGAUUGGCGACACCAUUUGGUACGCCGACACGCUGGAACCAAAGCCAUGGCUCAUUUACUAUAUUUCGCGACCCCUUCUUGGCAACUGGGAGCCGGUCACGACGAUUCCGGCGAUUCUCCCACGGACCAUACCUAGUAACACAACUGUCAAUGCUUUGGCGGCGACUGCUGCCGGGGAAGCUUCACCGAGGGGUCCAAUUCAAACCCAACAGCAACAAUCCAAGAUCGGUAGUGCAUCCGGCACCAGCGAUGACUCUGGUCCUUCGACACCACGAAAGAAGGAUAUCAAAAGCUUCCACGAUCUUUUGAACCACUUCCCUGUUAUCGCACGCCAGAUGCAACCGGGCCUGGAUAAAAUCUAUCGGGAGUUUACGAGUGCUUUUGAGCAGACCCUUCCUCCACCGCCCACAGCAAGCCAUAUUCCCGACUCGGAACUCGAUGGUUCCAUACAAGCAACCAUGAAAAAGGCACGCUUGAACAGUGUUGCAGACCCCUCCAGGCCCCCGGCCAAGAUCCAGGACCAACCUGUGGAAAGGAGCCGAAGUUUACUAGAGGGCAAUACUGCAGCGGCGGAGUCGAACAGCGUCGAGAGCGCCAACAGUGGUGGCAGUAAUGGCAGUCAUGUUGUUUUGAAUGUAUCUGUUGCAGCCAAUGGCACGGACAGCCGAAACGGCUCAAAUAUUUCGACUUACAGCGGCAGCCAAGUUAGCGAAGAUUUUUAUCCUGACGAUGACGAGCAUGCGAUGCGGACCUCUCUUGAAACCGCCGUCACAACGGCCAUCGAUAUAUUCCAAGGAGUUGACAAACAACAACUGUCUCAUCUUGGUGCGACCACGGAUCUCACAGGCCCUCUGGUGGAGAGGCUGAUUGAACGGUACAUUUCGGAAAAUUUACACCACAUCAUUUUCCCCCGCCUUAGUGCCCUGAAACGACAAGAAGACCUGGAACUCGAAGCCAAGAUUCGCCAAAUGGACUCCGUUGACUUGUCGCAGCUCGGCAUGGACAUCGACGGCGGCCCCAGAAAGAAGCAUGAAGUGACCCUCGCAUUGGGCCGUGUUGUGGAAGAGUUUCGAAAAAUAGCAACAGCAGCAUGUCCGCAGGAUAUGCUGUCUAUUCUCUUAGCGACUGUAAAGUCAGUCAGCCGGCUCACAAGCUCGCCUCCGAAGGGCGACGGCAGUGUCACCGACAAAGAUGCGACUGGAGAUGACUCGAAUCAGACAAAUACCGAGAAGCCUCUCAUUAUGAUCAACGCCGACACACUGGUGUCGCUUCUUCUAUACAUUAUCAUUCGAGCGCAACAGCGACACCUCUUGGCGCGCUUCAUCUACAUGCGCCACUUUAUCUUCAUAGAUGAUGUUGACGGUGGCGAAAUGGGCUAUGCAUUAAGCACAUUCGAAGCUGUACUUACGUACCUGAUAAGCGACUCCAGUGGUCUUCGGCGCGCGAGUCGGCGCAACAAAUCUCUCUGGGAGGCGACGGCGAAGGGUGAUUUGGAUGCAAUCAAAGCCAUUAUGGAGCCGAGUCCUGAUGACGCUGUCGAAGCCGGAGAUGUCGACAGCGACAAUGGAGAAGAGGACAGCAGUUCGCGGCGCCUCGGCACCCGGUUCGUCACGAUCUUCCAGAACGUCACGCCGUUCUUCGUUGGUUCUCUCUGA